GUUUGAGAUUCAGCCUGUUGUUAUACGGAAAUAAAUAUAAACACGGUCGGACACCAUGGCGCUGCUGACGGCUCGUAACUUGACGCUGUGUGUUUUAUCAUUAAUAAACUUUAUUUUUGUGUUCGUGACCGGAGCGGAUUUCGUCCGUUUCAUUUCAUUUCGCCCGGUUUAUCACAACAUCACCGGCGGCGCGCCCCUCUGCGACGAUGCGGCGUGGUGGUCCGUGGCCCUGCGGGACGCUGCGGUGUUGAAGUGUUUAGCUGUAGACUUGUUACUGUUAGUGAUGUUCAGUGUGCAGCACAGCCUGCUGGCCUGGACGCCUGUUAAACGUGUGUGUCAGUCUGUACUGGGAGUGUUAAACCGGGCCAUGUACUGCUUCACUACUGCGCUCGUACUGCAGCUGUUGAUGCGUUACUGGCAGCCUGUGACCAGUGCCCCCUGCCUGUGGUCAGUGCGCAAUGCACCAUGGGAUAUCUGGUUCCCACUCAUCUGUUUCACUGUACACUUCCUGUGCUGGGCCGUGAUCUGCAGCAUUCUGCUCAUAUUCGACUACGCAGAGCUGCUGGGACUCAAGCAGGUGUAUUAUGAGUGUUUAGGCCUGGGGGACCCGCUCUCCCUGAAGUCGUCCCGUGCCCAGCGUCUCUAUGCCCACCUUCGCCACCCCGUGUGCAUGGAGCUUCUGCUGGUGCUCUGGUUUUUGCCCACUCUGUCUGUGGACAGGUGUGUGUUAGCGGCGUACCUGACACUUUACCUGGCUCUGGCCCACUCUCUGGAUGCAGAGGACUGCGUGUACUUGAGUGCUCAGCUGCACAGCAAGCUGCAACUCUUCUCCACAUCUGCAGGGGGCGACACACACAGAAACAACAACAAUGAUGAUGAUGAUGGGUGCAAACUAGAUUAACAUCAUCCACCUGAGUCCCAGUACUGCACUUAACACACUCGCAUUGACUUCCUCUAUAAUGAUUCACAUGCCUUGUGAUUGUCACGGGGAUUUAACCAAAAGCAAGAGGACAAGGAGAAGUCGAUAAGGGUGCGUUAAAAACUGCAUUGGAACACAGUACCUGCUUUUCUGCACUCUCAUGUGUUUAAUAUGUUAAUAAUGGAUAGAAAGCAAAUUCAUGGAAGAAUGGAGAGAUAGAAAAACACAGAUGUUUUUUAAAAAUAUUUUUAUUAGAUUUUUGGAAUUUUUUGAAAUAUAAAGUAGUAUUUUGCGCUAUAUGGAUGUAUAUACCACAAUCCCAGUGUUUCGCCCGUCCGGUUCCUUUAUUCACCCGGGGCCUUGUUCUUCAUACGCUUAACAAAAUCGUAGGUGACUUAAGCCAGAUUUACUAAUAGUUCAGAUCUUCAGACGCACCUGAGAAGUGGAUUAGUUUAGCAGAGUUAUCUGAGAUAACUGCAUGCUCUGGACAUGUAUCGAAACUUAAAACCCUGAUCGGCUAGUAAACAAUGGGCUAAUGCAAGCUGGAUGUAAGAUUUUUUUCUUUUGUAGACAAUAUAUAAGUGUAGUAAGAUGUGCAGAUUAGUUUAAUGUGGCUGUGGGAUGUUAAAUGAGAGCCUGAAAUUAUAAUGCUAGCACUAUUUAGCUACUUUAUUCAUGCUCAAUUAGCUAUUUCACUUUCUGAAUUUAAUACAAUUGUGCACAUGUUUUAGAUUAUUGUGCCUAUAGUAGGCAUAGUUGACCCAUAACAAAAGUUUAAAAUCUAUAAUCGUCCUCGCAGUGGGAAAACACUUUAACUGAAAAUACCUAUCCAUACUUAUGAACUCCUCCUAAGUAGCUGCUUGUUCAGAACAUGUGCGCUUUAUCUCUUUUAACGAGAACAAAUGUCAUGUUUCUCAUCAUUUUUCUCAUGUUUCUCGAAGUGUAAGAGCAGUGUACUGUAAGUGCAGAUAGGCGUUAGUUAAAUGUUUACGGAGGAGGUGGGUCUUUAGCCACUUUUCCAAGAUUCUGUGACGGAUUCUGCUGUCCGGAUUGAGGGUGGACAUUCAUUACACCACUGAGUGACAGUCAGCUUGUGGUUUAUAGUGAAUAAGAUGCUCCUGAGUUUACAUUCACUCAAUGACAAGUCUGACAGUAGCGUCAAAAAACGGAUAAAUCUAGAAUGAUGUCAGCAAUCCAAUCCGAUUAACUCGGUAAUCCAGCUAUGUCAGUUAUCCAGCUAACUCAGUAAUCUGGCUGACUCAGAAUUCCAAAAAAAAAAAGAAUUACAAGAACUCUGUUAUUCAGCUAACACAGUAAUCAGACUAGCCUGAUAAUCGGACUAAUUCAGUAAUAAUUUGUCUAAUCCACAUAUGAAGAACGAGACCUUGUUCUGCCAAUGUCAGUAUAUUUGCUGUUUUAACACUCCUGAUUCAGGUUAAUUUGCAUGUGUGUGUGUGUGUUAUAGGGUGUGUUCCCACAGUAUUCAUGAAUACGAGUCUGUAUUUGCUUAUUUUUCACACCUGUCACUCCAUGGCUGGAUUUUUAUGUACUUUUUGUUUUGCUUUCCUACGGAUUAGUCAGCACUAUUUCCACACUAUACUGUGCUUACUCUGGGUAAAGGCAUUCUGAGACUCUGAAGGCAGUUAAACAGGAAGAGACUGAGUUUAUUCAUGGCAGGUUUAAAAGAUCAAGUUCAUUCAGAUUCAGGAGGCUCACGUGCAAUCAGAAUCUGGUACCGGAAGAGAUGUGUGGCUGAAGGGGCGAGCCAAUCAUUGAGGCUGUAAUUUUAUCCGAUAACCAGCUUUUAAAAUACCGAUGUUACCUACAUGAGAAACGCAAAGACGCUACAGUUUUACAUCUGCACAAUAAAAUCUCAAGAUUUUACAUCAACUGGAAAGUACAACAAAGUUAAUCUGAUCUUUCUGAGCUAAACCAGAACAGGAAAUAAAAGCCUAAAGUCAGGGGAAAUUAGUAACCGGGUAAACACUCGUGCUGAUGAUGAGUUUUUAUGAACAGAACAGUCCAGGACACAUUGAAGCAGGGUAUAAAAACAGAACAACGAUAAACCUUCCCCUGGCAGCCUCCAUUACAAUCAAAACAGAUAUAGUGCUGUUUUCAGAUAUGAUGUAUCAUGUAAUACAUUUAUGUUUGUAAUUUAAAGUAACCUUUAUUCAGUAAUGAUCGGUGUGGUUUUAAUGCACAAAACACAAAGACUGAGGACCUUCACACAUCUACAAAAAGAGAGCAGCAGUAUUUUCACAGUUAGAUUUCCAGUAUGGAAUUACCACAACGUGUCAACACUGAUCAGUUAUUACUACGUGAAAAUGAUUUCCCCUGAUUCCCUUUGUGUCAGCAUUGAAUACAGCUUUUAACAUGUUACAGCUUUUCACUGUGGGGGAAUGGAGAAUUCUUUUUGCAUAUUUUUUAUUUUUGUUAUGAAUGUGUGGUCAGCCAUUAAAAUGAUUGGUUUUACAGAUCUUUUGAAAUAACUACUGGUUCUGUUGCUUUUUUUGUGUAAAACGUCAGAACAAAGUUUUUAAUCAAAGUUUAAAUAAAUAUGGGUGCUGAAUUGGUA